AUGAGCCGUCGUGUUUCUCAGAAAUACUCCACGGGCGGACUGGUAGGCACCCGGAACCUACUCGACCAUGUCCGUGGAAUGGCCACGCGGGCACGAAACGCUCGUGCGCCGCUUGAACAUACAGACAGCCUAAAAAGGCGGGAGCUGGACUUCGAUGAAGAAUCAUGGGCAAGGGGUGCCACACUGGACUAUUCGCCGUACAAGUUACACCGGAUGCAGGAAAGCGAAGGCACCACUCAAGUGAGCGGUGAUGACUACGGUGAAGCGUCUCCGGAGGGAGAGGAAGCUGGUGAAAUUGAAGUCCUCGACGAAACUGGAGAGGACGAGGGAUAUGCGAACGAAUAUGACGACUAUUACAGGGCCGAAGACGCUGCAGAGGACAGAGACGAACAUGCCGAGGCGGCUGAUGAAGGGUACGCUUAUGACGGUGCUGAAGGUGAGGAAGAAUACUACUAUGAUGACACUUACCACCACGGCCAAGAGGGGGAGGAGGGUGAGCAAGAAGAGGAGGCCGGAGCUGCAGAAGAGGCAGAAGAGGAUGGCGGCGAAUACGCCUAUGAAGAAUACGGCUACGAAGGGGAGGGCGCCGACGCGGAAGCGGCCGAGGCAGACUGGAAUGAAGGCGAGGCGUAUGAGGAGGCGGAAGUUGAGGCAGAGGAUGAGUAUGCAGAAGAAGAGGCAGAGGCGGGAGAGGAGGAGUAUGAGGAAGCAGCGGAGGAAGAUGUCUACGAGGGAGAAGAGGGGCAAGUAGAGGAGGUAGCCACUCCUGCCAAUCCGUUAGCUCCCUACACGCUGCCGCAGAUUGCUGCGAAGGUGCAGGUUAAGCACGUCCCAGGCAAAGGACGGUGCUUGUACACCAAGCACGACCUCGAGCCUGGCUCGAUAAUCUUUGUCGAAACCCCUGUCCUUGUGGCGAUUCCAUCGCUCGAUGAAGAGCUGUGGGCCUUACUCAGCGAAUUGAACGAAGAAGAAGCUUUUGAAUUGCCCCCAGUGUGGCACUUGGCAGCGAUUUGCAGUCUGACGAUGCUUGAUGACGAGAAAAAGAAUAUAUGCCUUGACAAGUGGGUUCCUGACCCUGACAGACCGCCUAGCGAUGACGUCAUCAGGGUCAUGAAGAGGGCAGGCCUCGACAUUCAUCCUCAACUCUACGAGCGCAUGCUGAUGGUUUGGAGGUACAAUUCUUUCGGCCACCACACAGAGCAGCACGGGCUGGUUCUGUACAACCGCAUCAGCAUGAUGGCACACAGUUGCAGAGCGUCGGCGUGUUGGCACUACGGAGAAGAUGAUGCAUUCAUUCUACGCGCCCGCGUCAAGCUGCAAGCAGGAGACGAGCUGACUAUUUCGUACAUCGGGGAUGAUGACCUGUUCAAGUCGACAAAUGUGCGAAGAGAUAAGGUGUAUGGCUGGUUGUUCACGUGCCAGUGCAUCCGCUGCUCGGCGCCCGUUGAUAGUGCCCGAGGAUUCAGAUGCCCUCUGUGUGGCACCGGCGCGAUGUUCUUCAAGACAGAUGACGGGGUUACGACGUCAAGCGCAUGCACGAUUUGUCAAGCAUUCCCUACCCAAGAAACAAUUCAAGAGUAUCUCGAGUUCGAACAAGCUUACGUGGACCGAUUGGCGGAGACAGACAAGUCUGAUAUGCCCGACGCGGAGCUUGUAUACAACCAGGCCACACGAGUGUUCGCGCAGCACUGGGUUUUGUAUCAGCUGCACACAAUACUUUUCGAGGGCUACCGCGACGCGGGCAACCAUGAGUCGGCCGCGUUUCAUCAGAUGGAACGUAUCAAAUACGUCUGGCAGGUCAUGCCAUUGGCGUCGUACACAUUGGCUUGGCUCUACGAAGAGAUGGGGGACACCAUGUUGAAUCAAGCAGAGGCUUCGAGCCAAGUGGUUCCAGCCCACAAGCUCAAUGUUAUAAGCCGACAUUUCGAAGACGCGUACAAUCUUCUGUACAUACUUUGCGGAGAAGACCACGACUAUACUGUGGCAGCCGGGACAAAGAAGACUGCAUGUGAAGAGCGUUUACCAGCUGCCUAA